AAAAGGUCCAUGUGCAAAAGUUGUAAUGGCCUAGUCGUAGAAACAACGUUCUUUGACUUAAACGAGGCCCUUACUUGCUUCCCCUUUUGACAUGCAUCACAAAUUAGAUUCUUCUCAAACUUAAGUUUAGGAACACCAAUUACUAAGUCUUUUGAAACCAACGUAUUAAGAUGGUCCAUAUUAACGUGUUCCCACUUUAGGAAGAGCUAUCCGUGUGCUUUAUUGGGAGAGAGAAAGAGAUGGGAGCGGAGAAUUGGAACUUGACGGCGAAGCUGUGCGACUCCUGCAAGACGGCGUCGGCCGCCGUGUUCUGCGGCGCAGACACCGCGUUCCUCUGCCUGGACUGCGACUCCGAGAUCCACGCGGCAAACAAGCUCGCGUCGCGCCACGCGCGCGUCUGGGUCUGCGAUGUGUGCGAGCAGGCGCCGGCGAGCGUCACGUGCAAGGCCGACGACGCCGCGCUCUGCGUCACGUGCGACCGCGACAUCCACUCUGCGAACCCCUUGGCCCGCCGCCACGAGCGGCUUCCGGUGGUGCCCUUCUACGACUCGUCCUCCGCGGUCAAACCCCACAGCGGCGGAUCUGACUCCGUCUCCUCCGACGGCGACAAGUACUUCAGCAACGAGUCGGACAACCAUAACCCCGACACGGAGGAGGAGGCGGAGGCGGCGUCAUGGCUCCUCCCAAAUCCGAAUAAUUUCAAAGGAAUGGAUCUGGAAGAAUCCGAAUACUUGUUCGGCGGGAUGGAUCCGUAUCUGGAAAUGGAAAUGAUAUCGGGCGGCGGAGAUCGGAAGCCCCACCGCCGCAAUCACCACCACUAUGACACAGAUGGGGUGGUGCCGGAGCAGAAAAAGAGCUGUACCGCCCUCGUACCCGGCCCAGUAGUGGAUGGAUUUCCGGCGUAUGAAAUCGACUUCGCCGGCGGCGGAUCCAAGCAGCCUUUCAUGUACAACUUUGCUUCCCAAUCCAUCAGCCAAAGCGUAUGUCCCCUUUCUUGUUCUUCCAUUUCUUUAAAGUAAAUCCCACAUUCUAAAAUGGCCUAAAAGUUAAAAGAAUUCAUAAAAAAAGUUGAAAGAAUGUUACUCAAAACUUUCUUCUUAUUUCAGUCGACGAAGUUUGAUUAAAGUAACUUAAAAUUCAAUUUAUUUGAUUAUAAGUAUAAAAAAUUUAUAAGUAAAAUUUGCAUACGUAUUAAAAAACUACUCCUUCAUCCCAACUUCACGGGAAUUUAUAUUUAUUUGUGUUUUUUCAUGGCCUAUAUGAUAAAAUAAAAUAUUCUUGUCACCACUUGUUUUGUUGAACUUUUGAUGUAGUUUUUAAAUAUGUAUGUUUUAUUUUUUAUUUCUAUACCAAUAUUUAAAUAAAAUAGAUUGAAAAAACUUGGGAUUUUUCUUCGUUUUGCGAAUCGGGAAGAUCAUUAUAGGACGGAGGGAAUAACACUGUUACGAAGUACUAUGACUAUGAGGCUUUUCGUUUACUUUUGUUUACUUGAAUGUGUUAUUGAUCCUUUGAUAAUGAUAAAAUAUUUCUAUCACAUAUUGUUUGAUUUUAAAAAGUUACAUUUUUUAAAAAUUCUAUACCAAUUUGUGAAGAAAACAAAUGUAAAAGG